AACCACCCACCUUUGAAGCUUGGGUGGGCUGCAGUUCAACAGGGGGACUUCUCAAGCAGCAUUCAUGGAGCUGAGGUAGAUGGAGCAAAGCAAAACGUAUGGGGAGAAUUGAUAUAGUUUAUUAAACCAGUUGGUAUACUCGAUAGAUAUAAGCAGAUGCAAUAAGGGGAUAGACUAAUCCUUUACUGUAGGUUUUCCUUACCAAGGAGUUGUUGUGGUUUGAGCUAAAUUUUUUGUAAGUUUUUUGACUAACGCAGUUGCUCUAAGCAUCUUCACUCUCUGAAAGCUAACUGCAUGUUUUUCAGACACUGUUCCUGUCUAGAAGUGAUAACACGAGGCAUUGGUAUACAGAGAGGCCAUUGCUUACACUUUUUCCUAUAGUAACUAAGGCCAUCCUCAAGCUGGCAAAAAAGGGCUGCACUUUCAAGGAGAGGCAGACAUGAGAGGUGUCCCCAAACUGACCAAGAGAGCAUUCCAUCCCAUAUACAUCAUACUCAGUAUAAAAUUGAGAGAUCAUGACGGUCCACUCUCCUCUCCAAUGGCCAAUGUCCAGUGAGGACCUCAUCUGUCUGAUCCUGGCUUCAUGCGAUCCUGAAUCCACUUCCUGAGUUCAGCUCCCUCCUAGCUGCAGACCCAUCUCCUUGUGUCUGCUCUACAGCAUUUGUGGUAAUGUAUAGUCAUCGAGGAGUGGGGGCAUGACCUCAUAUACUUCUGUACAUUUUAUUAGUAAUCAUUUUCAUCACUAUUAUUACAAUUUCAUCAAAGAUGUAGCUUUAGUUUCCAACCUGCAAGUCCUUUUCCUCUCAUUUCCAUUUCCCUGGGGGUGGGGGGAGCAGGAUUUAGAACUCCAAUUGUACAGUUUUAGCCGCUGAAUUUAGCCGGGCCAGGUCUAAACCGUGACAGGAAUAAAGCCCUGAAACCAUGCCUCCCCAAGAUGAAGCUUUAACAUUCAGCAAGUAAACCCUGCACCUAGUGCAGUUCUCUGCCUCACGGAUGUUGUUUCAUCAUCAUCACAGCUCCAGCCAGAAUGCUGUGCAAGGGAGAGCUCGGCCAGUCCUUUGAGAGGUGGAAGGUGGUAGCCAAGUCUCAGGUCUCUUGCUACUAUAAAAGUGCUCUCUCUUCUCCUGCCACCACUCCUGCAAGCAUCAUCAAGUUUUUAAUUUAUAUCUCCGGAAGACUGAAGUAGAGAAACCCAGGGACAAGAUUCCACUCUCUCAGUAGCAGUCCCAAAUGGAGACUUGCCACAGAGCAUGUGUGGCCCUCGGAGCUCCUCCUGGCCUUGAUGGCAGCAGCACCCACAGGGACCAUUUCUGAGACAUCCGAUUCUCUCCCACCUCCUGGAACUGUGUGCUGAACUUUCCUAGCUCCUGGAGGGGCAGGUGUGCACUAAACACCACAGACACAGCAAAAUAAAUGAGUACCAUAGGUCCCCUCCUGAGUACCUGUUUUAAUAGUAUUCCCAUGGCAGAAAGCCCAAAAGAGCAAUGUAAGGGAUUUAAAUUUCACAUGCGCUGUCACAUUGCUGUAGCUUUUGAUGUGCUGUUCCAAGGGGGUUUGAAGGACAAAGUAGCAGCACUGGGAAAUAAAAUAUCAAUAAUCUGCAAGCAGCUUAUUGAUAUGGGAUCUUGAGUUGUUAAUCUCAAGCUGCCUUGACAAAUUUGGAAGGAAAUAAAAUACAUUAAAUAUUUUUGUGGAGCUUUGAAAAGUGUUUGUGUCUGGGCUCCCUGUUUGUAGAUGGAUUACUGAAUGUAUACUUUGCCCCUAACUGAGAUGUGCAAGGACAGUGAAAGAUGAUGUGUCUCCUCGAGAGGGACAGGCCUCCCCCCUUCCCUUCUUACUCACGAGUUGGUUUCACUUUCCCAAGUUCAGCUACCAAGCCCCAGAGCAUACACCUCUCAAUUUACCAUCUCUGUUUGUGUGGCGGCAGCAGAACCACAAUGCAUUGUGAGAUUAAGAUGUCCAAGGUACCUCUUAGGUGUGGUGUAUGGCACGGGGUAUCAAGUCUUACGUCUAAGAUGUCAGUAGAAUUUUGGCUUCAUUGUACCUAAAAGGUACUGAUAAUACUGCUUGGAUCUCACACGCUAUUUUUCAUCCACAGAAGGAAGAGUCAACGUUUCUAGCCCUUUCAUUGACCGACAUAUAUGUUAAUACUGUAAAUUGGACUGUACGAAAAGGGAUCUGAUUAGUUUGGAAGUCUAUGUAUAUGCUAAAGAAAGAAAUGAAACGAACUCAACCCCAACUGUAGGGAACUGUAAGCAACCCCUCACUCAUUUCCAUACUAAGCACGCUCUGCCUGCCCAUAAAACUAACAGGGCUGAAAAAGCCUUAGAUCUUUCUUAGACCUUCCCAUCUUUUUCCUGCCAGGUGCAGGAGAUUGGGAAAGCCAAAUGAGGUGGCUGGGUGCAGCUAUGCCUUUCACACCAAGAUUGUGCCCUUGCUGAAGCACAUGGUGUAUCUGCUACGAAGAAUGUAAGGUGCUUUACUGCUCCACUUCCAACAAGGCAAACAGAGAAAGGAAGCGAGCAGGGUUUGGGAAUCAGGGCAACCGGACACUGCUGGCAGUUACUGGAAAUAAUACCACUUGCAAAUUGUCCAGUUACAGAAACCUUACCUGGGCACUUUGGGGUGCCGUAUUUCAUGGGAGAGUUGAACUAAAAUUUGUAAUCUUCGUCCUUUUGAAAUGCUGUCUAAUUUGUGGAACAUGAAUAGAUCUCAGGUUACAUGAAGCACUAAAAAGCAGCGACAAUCUAGGGCAAAGUUAGCCGAGUGAAAACAUGGCCUAGAAAGCAGGAAACAAGCUUAAGGACUUAAUCUAGCGUCUCACAGCAUGACCUAUAUUUUUCCCACUGAACCUUCCGAAAAGGCAAAGGGGUUUGUUUCAUGACUCAGUUCAUAGCCGGUCUUGGAUCAAUAUCAAGGUUACAUUCCAGUGCUGUAUUUCCAAGGAUAAUUGAACAUUCAUCAACAUUUAUGGGUAAAUUCAGGGGACAUGCAAACCCCUCCUGAGGCUGAUUUUUGGUGUUUAUCUGGAAAAGCUCCUGGACAUCCAAUUGCAAGAAGCACUAAAGCACCAAUACAGUCUGAUUGGAAACAGAGAUUGGAAACAAGAGAUUCUAAAAUUAAACUGCAGCUCUUAAUUUAUUUUCACUUGUGAGGGAGGAAGAGGAGCAGGGGAUGAAACACAUCAUCUCCCAGCACUGAGAUGGCGAUGAGGGCCCAGCACUGCAAUUAGCCCCUUCCCUCCUCCUGUGUCUGUGAUGAACCAAUGGUGUUAAAAAGCAAUGGGAUUGGGGCACGUUUUCACCUUGGGGUGUUGUGUGGGAACCCAUGCAGGUUCUUUGAGGCUGAGGAGAGGGGACCGAGCUUUAAGCAAAGUGGGAUGAUUAGUGCUAAAAUCAAAAGAGCAGCUGUCCCUGCCUUCACUCCAGAAAAACACACCUCCCCAAGGCCGUGUAUUUGGACUGUUCCAGCUGAGUUAGAGCAUUGCUGCCCUGUCUGUAUGUUUGGAGAAAUCCUUACAACAGACCUUGGCGUAUUCCUAAUGAUCACAGCAAUGAAAUCACCCUCAGCCCCUUUUUUCAGGUUCUUCCCGGGUGAGUCCAUCUAAAAGAAUCGACACUCUCCUUGUGACCCAAACUUUCUUUUCCCCUCUUGCUGGCAGUGGACGAGGAGUUUGAGGUGGUGUCUGCCCAGCUGCUAAAGCGCUCCCAAGCCAUGCUGAACAAGUACCGCCUGCUGCUCCUGGAGGAAUCCCAGCAGAGAGUCAGUCCUUCUGCGGAGAUGGUGAUGAUCCACCGCAUGUUUGUUCAGGAGGAAAGGAUCAGGCUAGCGCUCGACAAGCAGUCGGUCAAGGAGAAAUCAGAGGAAGAUGUCUCAGUGCUCUCCCCAUCGCACAGCCUCUCCUCCUUGGCAUCCCUGGCCUCCAGCUCCAGUGCGGCACCAGCUCCCGACAGCCUGAAGGUGCCCCCAGCGCAGGCAGUGCCUCCCACUCCCUCCCCCAAGCUGGAGAUCAAGCCCAGUGGGAGCUCCCCCUCCGUCACCUGCACCAAGACUCCCCCUUUGCUGGACGAAGACGCGGACACCUUGCCCUCCGGGAACAAAUCCCCCAGCCAAGCCUGCGGAGCACCCAGUCAGAUCGGCCUCAAGCUGAAGAUCAAGCAGAGGGCUGGGCUAUGGCAAGUGGUGCACAACACCGCUUCAAAGGUGACCAGGGAUCGUGAUCCUGACCCAGGAGCGGGCCUGGGGGCUCAGGGAGACAACAAGGAACCGGGAUCCGAACCCACGACUGGGGCCCUGGAUCAGGAAGGCAACACGAAAUGUUAG